UGACAGCCAGCCAGCCAGCCAGCCAGCCAGCCAGCAUGCUCCAGCACCAUCACUCUCCAGGGACCCCCUCCCCCCGGCCAGCCCUGCCCCAGCCCAGCCCCUGAUCCUGGGCUGGGAGGACCUCCCCCUGCCCCCCCCUCCUCCAGGCCAACCAGCCGGACACCCCUGCCACCGUCUGGGAGAUAGUUUAGCCCAACGCCCCCGGCAGUCAAGAUGAUGGCCUCGGUGGUAACCAAUGGCAACCGUAAGAAGUCCCUGAGUCUGAAAGGCGUGGAUCCAGAGACUUGCAUGAUCGUCUUCAAGAACCACUGGGCACAGGUAGUAAAGAUUCUAGAGAAGCAUGAGCCUGGUCGUGGAGGACUGAGCUUCCUGUCCUCUGGGGGCCGUCUGGGCCCUGUCCCCGGUGACGAGGCCAGCGCCGUGCAGAACUACGUGGAGCACAUGCUGUUCCUGCUGAUGGAGGAGGAGGCGGGGCAGGGCGGGGCCAUGGGACCCAUCCUGGAGUUCGUGGUGGUGGAGGGGGUGAUGGAGCGCCUCUUCCUGUGGUCGCUACGGCGACAGUUCACGGACGACAUGAAGGUGGAGCAGCUGAGGAUGUAUCAGAUGCUGCUGGGCCAGGCCCGCCAGCCACUGCUGCACCACAAGCCCCUGCUCCGCCCCCUGAUGAUGCUGCUGGCCUCCUGCACCGGGGGCGGGGCCGGGGCCGGGGCCGGGGGCGGGGCCGGGGGCGGGGCCAGGGUGGUGGAGGAGGAGCUAGUCCUGCUGCUGAACCAGCUGUGCGUGGCGCUGGCGAGGGACCCGUCCGUGUUGGAGCUGUUCUUCCACGCGGGCGAGGAUCAGGGCGCGGCCAACUUCCUGCUGUUCUCUCUGCUCAUCCCCUACACCCACCGGGAGGGGCCUGUGGGCCGGCGAGCCCGGGAUGCCCUGCUCAGCAUCAUGAUGCUGUCUCACUCUGACCCCCGUGUCGCCACGCACAUCACUGACAACACCUACUUCUGUCCUGUGCUGGCUACAGGCCUCAGUGGGCUGUACUCCUCGCUGCCCGCCCGGCUGCAGGUGUUCAGUGAGGACUGGUUCUGCCUGGAGCCGUCUGACUGGAGCCAAGUUCCUGCCCUCGUCCAGAUCCUCAACUCCCUGCACUUCUGCUGCUCAGUCAUCAGGGUGGCCCAUCCCUCCAUCAGAGCCCAGUUGCUAGGAUACAUCUAUAAUGGCUUCCUGGUCCCUGUAUUGGCUCCUGCUCUGCACAAGCUGACGCUGGAGGAAGUGAUGACGACCACGGCGUACCUGGAGCUGUUCCUGCGCUCGGUGUCGGAGCCGGCGCUGCUGCGCUGCUUCCUGUCCUUCAUCCUCACGCACACGCACGACGGCCUGCACAUCCUGGACACCCUGGUCAGCAGGGUCAACACGCCCUUCCAGCUGGGCACAGUCUCCCUGGCUCUGUUCCGUACCCUGAUUGGUCUGUUCUGUGAGGACGUCAUGCUGCAACUCAUCCUGAGGUACCUGCUCCCCUGUGCUCGCCCAGGUGUACAGGAGAGAGACUGCUACUCCUGCUCCGCCUCCAGACUCCUCCUCCUCAGCCCCCCCUGGAGCCUCAGCCCCUCCCACAGCCAGCGCCUCCUCUGGCCCGGGGGCACAGGGUCUCCCCUCUCUGGAGAGGACAGCGUGGGCUGCCAGCGUGACCCCGCCCAGCCCCUCCCCCUGGAGCUGAUCUACCUCCACUACCUCCGGGAUGCCCGUGUCUCCAUCCAGACAGCGCUCCGGGCAUGCUCAGUCUGGUCCGCGCCCUACGAUGGCCUCAGCCCCGCCCCCGCCGGCCCCCUGGAGGGGGAGGAGGGGGGAGAGACGGGGGAGGAGGUGAGGAGGGGGAGGACGGACACGUCCACCCCGCCCCCUCCCCUCGCCACGACCCCCGACCCCGUAACCGGGGGCAACGUGGAACUGGAGUGGGACGACAUGUUCGACGUGGCUCCGGAUGAGGGGGCAGGGCCAGGCGGAGCUCAGGGAGCGGGGGCCCAGGGGGGGCCCGAGCCCCCGCAGCACCUCCAGGCCCUGAGGAGGACGGCCACCCUGCUGGUCCGGGGCUCCUACAUCGAGGAGGACGGUUUCCAGGACGACGUCCUUGUCUACGACCUCAUCGCCCAGAAGGACGCCUCCGCACAUGCUCAGAGAUGCAGCGGCGUGGGGGCCAGGCAGGGGGGCGGGGGGGGGAGGGAGGAGUGUGUAUCAACUCUCACCAAUAGGCAGAACUGUGGGGAGCGCAGGGUGAGCAGGGAGGAGGAGGAGAGGAGGAGGCUGGAUCGAAACAUGAACGUGAACAGGGUCGUGACCCUGGAGAACGACCAGCUGACCUCUGACCUCUGCAACGGUCACGCUGACCCUGCCCCGACUCCUGCCCCUACCCUGACCCCUGACCCUGCCCCGACCGCUACUGGUGAUGACUUCCUGUCUCAAUACCGGGCGCUCAUGCUCUCUCUGGGGGCGGAGCCUGACGAGGAUGACAUCAGCGGUGACAUCAGCUCAUUCAGGAGGCGUGUGGAGCGUCUGAGGAAGAGGAGGGAGGAGGAAGAGGAGGAGGAAGAGGAGCUAUGCAGGUUCCUCUCAGAGGAACCACAACCAGAUUUAGAACAAGAGAAUGUUCUAGAAGCAGGAAGCAGGAAGCAGGGAGUCCCAUUCACAGGUCCGUUCAUCAGUGUUCUGCUGUCUCGUCUGGAGAACCUUCUGGAGAACUCCAUCCCUGUGAACCUGCUGGUGACGGGGAUCCUGUCCCAGCUGGCCUGCCACCCCCAACCCUUGCUGCACGCCUUCCUGCUCAACACACACACACACCCCGGCGCUCGCACACUCUACCAGGUGCUGGUGUCGGUGGGGGCCCAGAUAGAGCAGUAUGUAUCAGCCAGACCAGAGCUGCCUGCCCUGGUCAGACAAGCCUGGAGCUUCCUGUUAGUCAGGGAGGAGCUACUUAAGACCAGAGAGUGUGUCGCGGAGGGGGAUGCAGGGGUCCUCCUGAACGGCCACAGCGUUCCUGGUUCCUCCGGGGCCUGCCGGCCCCCCAGCAGUGUGCCUCCCUGCCCCCCCAUCCCCGCCCCCGCACGCAGCCGCGUUUUCGCCCUCGUCCUCUACGCAGAGUUCCUCAAGGAGCUGGCUGCCAUCGCCCAGGAGCACGCCAUCCUGCCUUGCCUGGAGGAGUAA